AUGCCUAGCUACCUCUUCCUCUACAUCCAUCCACACCCAGACCAUCGCGACACGUUCGCGCAAUGGCGCUGCAGCCUCCUACCAACCGAUCUCCUCCUUGACAUCGAACACACGUAUACCAUCUACCUAGACGCUACCACCCCACCAACAGCCCCAGCCCCAACACCAUCACAGGCAACAAAAUACACCCACCUAAAUAUCUACCGCUUCCCAACCCCGUCGGCAAUCCACUCCCCACAGCUAAGAGCCUACCUGCACACUCUCUCCACCGACACCACUCGAAUCAUCUCUCUACACUGGACGACAUACACCAGCGUCACAGACACAAAGCCUCCUUCACAAUCCCCACCCGUCGUUGUGAUGGUUGGAAUGACGAUCCAUAUCGAAGAUGCAUCUGCACGCGAGGUCCUAGAUCACUGGUAUGCCGACGAACAUAUCCCAGCCUUGUCGAGGGUGCAGGGGUGGAUGGGCUCAGCUCGGCUGGAGCUUGUAGAGAGUUCCGAGCGGCAUGAAAAAGGGGAGGGAGGUGGGGAUACUAGUAGGACUGAGCCUGCACCGUACCUAGCUAUACACGAAUGGGACGAGACGAACGGAUUGGGCGGGGAGGCUUGGAAGGCGGCGAUUCGCACGCCUUUGACGGCGAGGAUCGAGGCGUUGCAGGUUAAGCCGAUGCAGAGGUCCGUAUGGAAGUCUACUGAUCUUGGGAACAGAGGCUUAGACGUAUGA